AUGGACCCCGCCUACGUGCAGGAAUUGCACGGACUGCUUCAGCAGGCCAAUGUGCCUGACACGGCGACCGUCAAGGCGGCCACGGAAGCGCUCCAGUCGCGCUACCUCAAGAAUGCCAGUGCGGUGCCUGCGCUCUUUGAGAUCAUGGCCACCUCGCCCGACCUCGCUGUGCGUCAGCUGGCCGGCGUUGAGAUGCGCAAGAAGCUCGCCAAGAGCACCAAGGUCUGGACGAAGCACAGCGUCGAGGUGCGCGACAACAUCAAGUCGCGCCUCCUCGAGCAGAUCGCACGCGAGGAGAGCGCGCUGCUGCGCAAUGGCCUCGCGCGUGUCAUUGCCGAGAUCGCGCGCAAGGAGCUGCCGCACAAUGCGUGGCCUGCGCUGCUCCCGUGGCUCUUUGAGUCUGCCGAGUCGCCCAACGCGGCGCAGCGCCAGGCUGCGAUCCUCGUGCUGUUCAUCGUGCUCGAGACCUUUGUCGACGGCGGCGACGCACUCAAGUCGCACCUGCCGCGCAUCAUGAGCCUCUUUGCCAAGAGCCUGCAGGACCCCGAGUCGCUCGAGGUGCGCAUCACCACCGUGCGUGCCCUCGGCAAGGUCGCCGAGAACCUCGAGACAGAGGACCAGGCGGACCUCGCGGCAAUGCAGAGCGCCGUGCCGCAGAUGGUCGAGAUCCUGCAGCAGUGCCUCGACACCUCGCACAACGAGGGCGUGCGCCAGAUCCUCGAUGUGUUUGAGAACCUGUGCAUGCUCGAGACACCGAUCCUCGCGACGCACCUCGCAGAGCUGAUGGCCUUCUUUGUGCGCAACAGCGCGAACCGCGACCACGAGGAGGAGCUGCGUCUGAUGUGCCUCAACUCGCUCGUGUGGACGAUCCAGUACAAGCGCUCGCGCGUGCAGAGCCUCGGCCUCGCCAAGCCGCUGCUCGAGCAGCUCAUGCCGAUCGCGACCGAGGAGGAGUCGGACGACAUCGAGGAGGACACGCCCGCACGCCUCGCGCUGCGCGUGAUCGAUAUACUCGCCACCGAGCUCCCCCCGAGCCACGUCUUCCCGCCGCUCCUGGAGCAGGUGCAAGCGUACGCGACCAACGCCGACCCGAUGCACCGCAAGGCGGCGAUGAUGGCCUUUGGCGUGAGCGUCGAGGGAUGCUCCGAGUACAUCCGCCCGCACAUGGACGAGCUCUGGCCUUUUGUCGAGAACGGCAUGCGCGACCCGGAGCCGGUGGUGCGCAAGGCGGCCUGCAUCACGCUCGGCUGCCUGUGUGAGAUGCUGGACGAGGAGUGCGCGGCGAAGCACGCCACGUUCCUGCCGCUGAUCAUGGAGCUGAUCAAUGCGUCCGAGACGCAGCGCCAGGCGUGCACGGCCCUCGACGCGCUGCUCGAGGUGAUGGGCGACGACAUUGCGCAGUACCUGCCCGCGAUCAUGGAGCGCCUCACGGGCCUGCUCGACACGGCGCCGAUCGCCGUCAAGGCGACCAUCACGGGCGCGAUUGGCAGCGCGGCGCACGCCGCCAAGGCCAACUUUGUGCCUUACUUUGUGCCGCUCAUGCAACGCAUCCAGCCUUUCCUGCAGCUCAAGGAGGAGGGCGAGGAGAUGGAUUUGCGUGGCAUUGCUACAGACACGAUCGGCACCUUUGCCGAGGCGGUCGGCAAGGAACACUUCCGCCCGUACCUGCCCGAGAUGAUGAAGAUCACCGUCGAGUCGCUCGAGAUGGACCAGCCGCGCAUCCGCGAGUGCGCUUUCAUCUUCUUUGCAGUCAUGUCGCGCGUGUUUGGCGACGAGUUCGGGCCGUACCUGGAGCACAUCGUGCCCAAGAUGAUCGCCUCGUUCCAGCAGUCGGAGCACGACCCGAUCCCUGGCGCGCCGGGCGACGGGACCAUCACCGGCAUGACCGUCCCGGGCGAGGACGAGAACGACGAGGACUUUGUCGACCUCGAGGAGUUCAACGACGCUUUCCUCAACGUCAGCACCGCGGUCGCUGUCGAGAAGGAGGUCGCGGCCGACUCGCUCGGCGAACUCUUUAACCACACGCGCUCGGCCUUUUUGCCGUACGUCGCGCAGGCGACCGAGGAGCUCAUCCCGCUCACCUCGCACUUUUACCAGGGCAUCCGCAAGAGCGCGAUCGCCACGCUCUUCACCUUUAUUAACACGCUCUACGACCUGAGCAACCCGCAGCCGUGGGUGCCGGGCGUCGCCGUCAAGGUGCCGCUCAACGCAGACGUGCAGAACAUCGUGCAGCUCAUCAUCCCCAACAUUAUGGAGGCAUGGGAGGCCGAAGACGACCGCACGGCUGCGAUCGAGAUCUGCCAGUCGCUGGCGACGUGCCUGAACAAGUGCGGACCGGCGAUCAUCGCACCGGACUGGCUCGAGGUGACGUGCACCUACACGCUCCUCAUCCUCGAAAAGAAGGCCCCGUCGCAGAUCGACCCGGAGGCGGGCGACGAGGAGGACACGGAGGAGGUCAGCGAGUACGAGUCGGUGCUCAUCAGCGCUGCUACGGAUCUCGUGGGCGCAAUGGCCAACGUGCUCGGCAGCGACUUUGCUGGUCCCCUCCAGCAGUUCCUCCCGCAGAUCGCCAAGUACUACUCGCCGGGCCGCUCGCAGAGCGACCGCGCGACGGCCGUCGGCUCGCUGGGCGAGGUGAUUGUGGGCAUGAAGGGCGCCAUCACGCCGUUUACCCAAGAUAUCCUCGCGCUCCUCUCGCGCUCGCUCGUGGACGAGGAGCCGUCGGUGCGCUCCAACUCGGCGUUUGCUGCGGGCGUGCUGAUCGAGAACAGCGAGCUGGACCUCUCGCAGCACUACACCUCUCUCCUCACUGCCCUCCAGCCGCUGUUUGAGAAGAGCAGCGACGAGGCGGACGAGGUCAAGACGGCCCGCGACAACGCCUGUGGCUGCCUUGCGCGCAUGAUCAUGAAAAAGCCGGACGCCGUGCCGCUGGACCAGGCGCUGCCGAUCCUCUUUUCGUCGCUGCCGCUCGACAAUGACCUCGCAGAGUGGACGCCAGUACUCCUCUGCUUGGUGCAGCUCGUGCAGACGAACAACACGGUGGGCAUGCAGUACCUGGAUACCAUCCUCCAGCUCUUCCACCACGUCCUGAGCAGCGAGGAGGACGUGCUGGGCGGCCAGCUGCGUGGCCAGCUCUGUGCUUUCUUGGCGCAGCUCAACACACAAGCACCGGAGAAGGUCGCUCAGUACGGCCUGAACCAGUACCUCGUUUAG